UUCUCGUAAUUAUGGAAAUAAAAUAUAUUAUUUUUCUUUAUUUUCAACUCUUUAUAAUUUCUACGUAUAGUGACUUAAUACCUAAUAAUAGAGUUAUUACAGAUUCCAAUUCUACAACUGACUUUAAUUUAGUAGAAGGAAUUACAUAUAACAUAAUUCAUUUGAAGUCAGGAUCGAUAUUGGAUAGCGAUGGUAACAAAGUAUGUGUGAGUUCCGCGUCUGGCCCAAAUCAGUAUUGGACCUUACGGAAGGCGAAUAAUAAUCGAUAUAAUAUCAUUAAUGUAAAUUUGGGUAGAAAUUUAGACAGCAAUGGUCAAAGCGUAUAUACCGGUGACCCUAGACAUAAUUCUAUAUUUAACCCAUAUCAACAUUGGGUAUUUAAAAAGAUUGAAGAUGACUUGUUUAAUAUAGAUCAUGUGAAAUCUCGGAAUUUAGACAGCAACGGUUUGGAUGUUUAUAUCAGUAAUAAUGAAAAUGAUUCCAAAACCAAUCUUUUUCAACAAUGGUUAUUUGAACCUAGUAAUUACAAUUUAACUGCAGUAGUAACUGAUUUUGAAUACCCUCCAAAUUUAAAAGAUAAAUUGGAUCAAUACAAGACACGUACUAGUCUUACAAGUGGUAAUUAUACAAUUGAGAAUAAUGCGAACGUAACAAUAGAACAAUGGAUUGACAGAACCGAAGUAAAAAUAAAUACUUACUUUUUGGAAAUCAAAAAAUCAGAGUCACUUACAGUUUCAAAAAAUGUUGGUAUGUCGUUUAAUAUUGGUGCAGUUAUUUUCGGGAUAUUAGGAAUAAAUACAGGAUUUACUAAGGGAAUUAGACGUGAAUUUACUUCAAAAUAUGAGAAAAUAUACAGAGAAUCUAUAACGGAAAUGGUUUCAUAUAAUAUUCGUCAAAGGAUUAUAGUGCCACCUUAUAAUUCGGUAAUAGUUCACAGUACAGUAGAUAAGAUCGUUAUUAAUUUGCCAUUUAAAGCAAAGAUCAGAAUCACCGGCAAAGCGGAUAGACUGGAUAAAAAUGGAAAAGUUAUCUCAAUGGCUGAUGUUGAAGUUGAUGCGAUUAGAUGUUACCUCCAAAAAGAAGACUAUAAUGUUAAAAAUAUAACAGUGGAAGGAAAUUCUCUCAUCAUUGAUACUAUUGGCACUAUGAAAGUAGAUGGAUAUGGAUUAGAGACAAGAAUUGAAACGAUUGAAAUUCCCCAUAAAGAUCCCAAGCAUAAGGAUCCCGAGCAAAAGGAUCCCGAGCAUGAGGAUCCCGAGCAUAAGGAUCCCAAGAACGAAUCCCCUGAUUCCCCAAGCAUACCCUAUUACUUUCCUUAUUAUUAUUUUUUCGUACUUAUUUCAUUCUUACCCUUUAUUUCCUCUAUUUUAUAUUUUAUUGUUUUAAAUAGGUCCAGAAGUGACUAUUAUCCAAUUUAAAUUAUCUUGACAUAUUCAUGGUAUAUAUUAGUGAUUUAUUAUACUUGUGAAAAAUAAAGUU